CGCCCGUCCGGUCUGCGUCCUUUGGAUGUCACCGAGAAUCCGCAAUACGAGCAAAAAAACAACUUUAGUAUUCUUGCACGUUGUCGUCGAAGACUUUUAAAUAACUUCACGCACGAAAACACCCAACCGAUGUCAACGUGAGCUUUGUUGUUGCUUGCAUGUUUUCCGGACAUCCACGUAGAGAACCACAAAAUGGUACGCUUCGGAAUAUGCUUAAUACGCAAGAAAAUGGAACCGGAAAAGUUUUGAGAAAGUUCGCCGCGAGUUACUUUUAAGGGAUCGUCAACAAAGUUGGGUAAGUCAGUAGAGGCCGCGACUCGCUGCGACAUUCCCUCACUUUUUUACUGCGCCACUUUAAGUGGAAUGGGACGCCUUGAAACCUCCAUGUUUGGAUCUUGAAACUGCGAGGGGCGCCCGAGCACCAUAUUGAAUCAAAGUUGCCAACUUUGUGACAAAUGUGCUGCAAGUUCGCAGUUUCCAAGCAGCGACACCAGCGGCCGGCUUGUAAGCGCGAAAUGGAGGAGCUGUAGGCGGCGAGUGGCCAACCUCCGCUCGGCAUUCGCUGGUCGUGAAUGCAGCGCACAGUCGGGCGCACAAAACCUCAAGUUUGACGCGUGAGCACAGUCGGACGUUAUGGACCACCCGUCCUCGGUCAUCACGCAGGUCAGCCGGGAUGAAGACGCAAAUAAAUCCGCGGACAGAGGAGACUCGGGUUCCACGCCCUCCACCAAGAAGCCCCGAAGCGGUGGCUUAUUUUCAAUCUUCUCCUGCUGCCUCUGCCGAGACCAGCCGGAGCCCCCGUCGGUCAACAACAACGCACCCCUGCUAGUCGAGGAGAACGGUACCGUCUCCAAGAUCCAGGUGAAACCGCUGCUGCCGCCUGCCAAGUCCAAAGACGCCGGAAAGGUCUGCGUGGUUAUCGACUUGGAUGAGACGCUCGUUCACAGCUCGUUUAAGCCUGUGAACAAUGCCGAUUUCAUCAUUCCUGUGGAAAUAGAUGGAACUGUACACCAGGUGUAUGUCCUGAAGCGGCCUCAUGUAGAUGAGUUCCUGAAAAGGAUGGGAGAAAUGUUUGAGUGCGUCCUCUUCACUGCCAGUUUAGCCAAGUAUGCCGACCCCGUCUCUGACCUCCUGGACAAGUGGGGAGCCUUCCGCUGCCGCCUCUUUCGGGAGUCUUGCGUCUUCCACAGAGGAAAUUAUGUCAAGGAUCUCAGUCGCCUUGGCCGGGACCUUAACAAGGUCAUCAUCGUGGACAACUCUCCUGCCUCUUACAUCUUCCAUCCUGACAACGCAGUGCCGGUGGCUUCGUGGUUCGACGACAUGUCUGACACUGAGCUGCGGGACCUCAUUCCCUUCUUUGAGAAGCUAAGCAAAGUGGAUAACGUCUAUGCUGUCCUUAAGCACCAAGGAGGGGCCACAAGCUAACGCAAUUUGGACAGAACGCCAUGAAAAUCUCAUGUGCCUCCACACACACACGCGCGCGCACACACACACACACACUAGGAGACUGCAGCUUCCACUGCCUCCCCGGAUUUUUGCAAACCUACCCCAAUGUUGAUGCUGCCCCCCCUGGUCACCCAGAAAACUGCUCCACACGAACGUGCCCUUUCCUCACCUCAGGAAGUGGUGAGCGCAUGACAACAGAUGAGCAAACGCUUAAGGACUUCUUUCCUCUUUCUCUGGACUCCUGAGAUGUCACUUUUUACCGAACAUUAGCCGGCUUCCCCGAAGGUGACUUUUUUUUUUUUUUUUAAACUUUGCAUUCUUUUAGCCCACCGCCACAAAGACAGACAAACCAUCCACGGCCCUCGGAGGCAUCCGCUACGUGGGUGUAGAUUUCCACAUCACGUCACCCAGGUCGCAGUUGCUGUAAAUUGACUUAUGUUUGACAGGCUCGCUUUCAUCUUUUCAAAAGUGAAACUUGAACUCUUCGGUGCAGCAUUGGAAGUGCAGAACGUGACCUUGUGGCUUGUUUUGUUUUUUUGAAUUCCAAAACGGUACACAUAGGCUGGAAACAAUCUCACGCAAGGGGGUAAAAAGUUUGUUAUCGUCUAUUUUUAAAGCAACGAAAAAUGUCUUGGUCUGUCUGAUGUUGUCGAGAUCCGUCAGCGCAGCUACAAAUAUAUCUCCGUUGUCUCAUUGGUCAGCGGGAAUCCCAAGUACUUUGUUUCAGGGUGGUGGUGAAAGAGACCAACCAGGUGCCACUUGAGAUGUCAGGUGAGCUUAUAGUUGCUUUGUAGCAUCCGACACGCCCCUUGGACUUUUUUUUUUUUUUAUCCCCCAAGCCCGCUUUUUUUUUUUUUUUUUUUGCAAAAGACAAAA